AUGGCAUCCAUACAGUCGCCAGGACCGCCGCAGUACAAUGGCCACCAGUCUCAGGGUGCACGUCUUCCGAGCUCGAUUGUUGCUGCUGGACCGUCAACUUCGAUGAAUCACCAGCAGCAGCAACAGGCAUUUGCCACUCAUUUGCCACCGCCAGCCCAGUCCAUUACAUCGGUUCCUCAGUCACCGUCUCUGCACUUCCGCUACGAGGGCUUGCAGGACAACCGAUAUAGACAGGGACCACUACCAGCACCACAGCCAGCACCACCAGCAGCACCACCGCAGCACCAGGGGCAUCCUAACCACACACCACUACCGCCACCUCCAAGACGCGCUUCGGGAACCUUUCCACAGCCCAGUUCGGUUCAUACCCAACCACCAGGUCCACAUGUCAAGCAACAGCCAAGUCCCUUUGUCCAACCACCACCUCUUUCCACGGGUCAGCCGGGGUCUGGAUUCCACACGUCUCAACCACUACCCCCUCCUCCUCCGCCCACCACGACGUUCCAACGUCAGCAGGGCCCAACGUCUGCACCCAAUUCGCAACCCGGCACUCCUCGUGUUCCCAGCGCGUUCACCCCACCGGCCAUGGGUCCUCAGCCGAGCGCGGUGCCUCAAAGCCACCUUCGACAGCAAGUACCCCAACCUACUCCCGCCCAAAGCCAAUCGGGGCAUGGGUUCCCUGCUCAGCAGCACCACUCGCAAUCGGGACCCACCCAAGGCCCACCAGCUUACGGUGUAGCUGCGCAGCAACAACAACCUCAAUAUGCCACACCGACGCAACCCAUCACGCGCUCGACUAUGACCACCUCUGACAGCCGCGCCAUAGUUGAUAGUGCGGUGGCCACCAUCCUCGACCCAAUUUCGGCGGAUAUCCACGGUCUUUGGUCCAAGUAUGUCAAUGCACUGCGCGCUGUCAUCGAGAAGCUGCACAAAGACUACACUACUCAGCUGGAGCGGGAAAGAGUCCAGAUCUCUCAUUUGCAAAGACACAUACACAAGCUCACCGGCGAGAAGAUAAAACUGCAGAGCGAGAACCUCGGUCUCCACGCGAGGGUGAGCCACAUCGAGCAGGAGAACGCAAAGUUUAGCGUGACGCUGGCUGCCACUUCUGAUGCACUUGUUAAAGCGAACUCCACUAUUGCGAACUUGGAGACGGAGAAGAGCGCGAUCGAGGCCAAGUACCAAGCAUUGGAUGGGUUCCAGCAGGACCAGGUUGCUUCAUCGGGGACGACUAUCACAGCUGAGGAAGUGUACGCCAAGGUCGGACAACAGCUUGUGGAUCAAGUCGAGAAGAAGCUCCAAGUCGCAUUCGCGAAGAUUGCGGAAGAGAGGACGAAGCGGAACACGGCUGAGAGAAGGUGUAUUGAACAAGCACGCGCCAUUGCUUUGCUUAAACAUAUGCUCGACCAACAAUCUGCUGGGAAUCGUACGGCCACACCUCCGCAACUUCAAGCUCUCGUCGCUGCCGCCGAAAACGCUGCCCCAGGAGCUGCCGGAGCUCCGGCCCGACCCUCCGUACAACCUCCCACCACCGCGGCUUUGGCUGGGCGCCCUCCCUUCCCUGCGUAUGAGGUAGAGCGAGAGCCUUUUGCGCAGAAUCACCACAGUCCCGCUCUUCCCGCUCGACUCACCGCACCCGCCCAGCCCGAGCGCUCUCCUUCCAAUGGGGAAUCCGAAGAUACCCCUAUCGUUCUCGACAUCGACAUGUCAGACGAACCUCUUGAUCACCUCCAGCCCCUUAUUCUACCCGACAGCAACGAUCCUUCGCCCACAAGACCAACUUUCCUUGGUUCUGAACAUCGAGCACCUGUUGUCCUCGAAGGGGCUCUUAAACGACAGAGGUCAGAAUCACAAGGUCAAGCCAGUGAGGAGCGGCCUGCUACACGCGCCCGGCUCGAGGAACUCAGCUCUCCCAGCUCAGAGAAUAAGAACACAGAGGACGCGCCAUCUGUACUCUCACAGGCCUCCCAACCAAGGACAGAGGAACAGCGUCCAGGAGAGAAUGGGGAACCCGGGAUGACUCUCCCGACUCCUUCCCCCGAUCUGCGCCUUCACUCUCGUAUUCCACCGCUCGUGCGGAGCCCACGCCCUUACUCGACAUUGGGUUCUGGGGUUUCGCCACAUGAUCAAGUGGUUGACGAUCCUGCGACAGCGGCUCAACGAAGUGACACUCAAGGUCAAAACCAACCUCAACAACUAUCCUCCCAUUCGCCGCCCACUCCCAAGCCAAGUUCUGCUGAACGACAACAUCAAGAGUCACAGGUCCUUCCUACCCCUCCGUCGAUUUCUCGUCCGAAUUCGACGACCACUGGGACUUCAAGAGAUGUUCCCUCUAUGUCGACAUGCAUGUCGCCCCUUCAGCAUCACCAGGCCGCGAAGGCCACUAACUCUACUGUCUCGCCACCGGAACAAGGUAACGGCGCCCAGCUGCAGGAGCCUCGAGCCCCAAGUGUGCAAGCGUCUGUUCAGCUUACUUCUCCCGUUGAACGUCCUAAUUCCUCGACUGCUUCGCCGAUUGUACCACAUCGUCAUCAUCCUACUCCCACGACCGCUCCUACUGAUCUAUCCAAUCAACAACCCCACCGUUCCGCGCCCUCUUCUAAUGUUCGAGAUACCGUUUCUCCACGACUGUCCACUUAUGGUAAUCCUACGCCUAACCAUCGCUCCGACCCAAUCCAACCUACGACGACGACAUUGGCUGGGCAACAAAGUUCCACGCCUUCGAGAGACAUCGUGGUGUCGGGGUCACUUGCUUCCCCAGGCCCAGUCCCACCACGGCCCAGCGAGGCUCGGGAAAUGAGCAUCGAUGACGACCCGUUAAACAUCAAGCCUGACCCAGACGAAGAGGAAGUUGAUCAACUCGUGGCUACGGACGACGAACGGGAGGAAGGGGAGAUCACUGAAUCUGAGACUCCAAAGCCGGUGGAACAGAGAGGUCUGCCGUCCACUGUACCGGGGCCUCCUCCUAGGCCCGUCACCCCUACCGCUGCUGGCGUUGGUCAUCGUCAUACCAGUAGUGCGUCGGUGAGGAUGCCGGUGGAUGUGAAGGCUGAACCUGCAGAUGGCCGGCGGGUCGUUUCGGCGCCUAUUGCCACCGCCACUGCCUCGGCCACUGCGACGAGCUCGAGUUCUGCUUCCGCUGUGGCCGGUACGAUCGCUGCGAGUACGCCUGCGGCAUCGGUAUCACCAAAGGCUAAACCCAAACCUCCGAGUCAACUUAGCGUCAUGCACCUCCCCUUGCUUUACUCGGAAAUCAACAACAAGAUGACGUGCCGGUCGUGCAUGACACGCCCUCGAGAACCUGGGAACAGUCAACCACUCCGUGUGGCUCGUUUCGAAAUAGGAGCUUCGUUCGCUGUGUUGAGUGAACAUAUCGUCAAGGAGCAUCCGAUUGUUCAUGAGCAGAUGUUGAAGAUGAGCAGGAAUCAGAUUAUGGAGAUGAGGCAGAGGAUGGCGUAUCUGUGA